AUAUAACGCCGCCCCUAACACAGAACUUGGAUAACGUUAAGAUUCGUAAUGUGGAUGGGGCGUAAUGGUGAAUGGCCCCUUUAUUAGAGUGAUCAUCUUGGCCAGUCUGUUUCGACACUCCAGCCCCGCCAGUAGGGAGGUUCACCCCCAAGAGAACGAGACUGACGACGAUUCUGACGCCGGUGUGACCUGUUACACUUGUGUCAACGUGUCAGACAACUCCAUGUGUAACGAAUUUGCCAUUGACCAUCCCUGUCCAAAAGGGGAGAACUUCUGCCACACCUUACACAUAAUGGACUCUAGAGGAGCCAGUGUCGUUGUCAACAAAAAAUGUGCAGACAGCUCAGAAUGUUGGCCGCAGGGAGUAGGCUGUGUCAACAUUGACUCUCAGACGGUUUGCGUAUCAUGUUGUGACGAGAUGUACUGCAACGUCACUGUUCCAACCAAUAAAACAACCGCUACUUUCUCCAGUACCCGGAAGAAUAAGAAGAAGAAGCAGUACACAGUGCUGUCAAAUACCCGCGCAAGCUGCACAACAGAGCAGCCAAGCUACCUGACAAUGACUUUAGUGUAUUUGGUGACCUCACUAAAACUCUGCACAUUAUAGACGAUCAGCUGUGAUUAGUGCAAUAUUUGUGGUCAUGUUCAUAAGUGUCAGUGAAGAAGAAGUCAUUGCAAGCGAUUUAAUACAGGUAAAAUAGGGUCAAAUGUAUAAGAUUUGGAUGGUGGAACGUUGUGCUACAAAGAUUUUGGCAUAUCUGUAAAACAGUAUUAUUAAUCAUAAGUAAUUUUAGGUCCCCAACAGAUAAUGGAAAAAAUGUUGGUAAAUUACAAAAAAUAUAUUGUCAGUUAUUUUCAGUUUCAUAAUUUUUCUCAAAAUGCCGAAGUAUAUAAGUUUUGUUAAAAUUAUUUGAUAUAGGGAAUUCCACAAUCAUAACUUUUUUUUAUAAUUAUUCAAACACGAAAAUCCUUAAAUUGAAAACAAUUUCUUAGGUAGAUUUCAAUUUGUAUUCAUAGAAAUGCAAGAUGUAUCAUAAUACAUUGGUUUUACACUUUUUAUGUCUGAGAUUUGUUAAGAGAGCAGACUAAUUCAAAACGGCAUAGCUUUUUAGUAAUCUUUAUAAGAGGACCGUGUACAUAUUUAAGUUAUUGACUGACUUAACUGUAUUUGUCAAGUUUUACUGUCAUUGAAUCAAGAGUUCACGUAUUUUACAAUAUGUAAUUGGAGACUAUACCGGUUAAAAGAAUCUCUUGGCUAUCCAAAUAUGGGUAAAGUAGAAUUCAAAGCACCCCUAGAUACAUAUUACCAACGCAUAAGUAUAUUAUAUUAUUUCCUAAAGAACUAGAAGGAUUUUAAUAGAUUAUUCCUUCCUUUUAUCAUCAGAGCUUGUUGAAAAAAUUUAUGUCAUAAUAUUAUUUUUCACACAUUAUGUUUGCACAUCUUGACUGAACUCCUUUUAUGAAAAAUAACUGAUUCAGCAGCAACAUUGUGCCGUAAUAAAUAAACGAGUUAAAAAAGAAAGUCGAGUCAAUACAUUUUUUAUAAAUGUAUCAUAGCUGAUUAAGUGUGCUUUGUAUUCUUCUGUCCCUUAAUUGAAACUAUUUACUAGUUUAGGACUACAUAAAUCUUCAACACAAAAUCGUUUUACAAACUAAGUUAUUUUAGGUUUUUUUGUGUUUGUAAAAUAGGUACAUUCAUGGUGGAAGUACAGUAAGUAAGUCUUACUUACACCAUGGGUACGUAAUUAUACCCUUGCCUUUAAUAUUCCUAUUUUUGAAUCAGUUAAAAAAUAUAAAUGAGUUUGUGAAUAUUAAUUGUAAAUAUUGUAUCUUCCAAACUCAUCAGAGUGCUGUUAAAUAUAUUGAAUGUAAAAAAGGAAGAACAUUUUUUUAUAUUAAGAAACAUUUUAGGAAAAAAUAUCUAUGUUAAAUAAAAGCCACUAUUAUUAACAAAAUGCGACCUGCGAUACUGUGUUUUUGCAGGAUAUUAUUAACAAAAUAUAUUGCAUUAUUUGUAGUUGAAAUUUUAUAGUCAAAAUUUGUCUAAUUUUAGCACGUAACGAUAAAACGAUACAAUGUGCUCAACGGCUGUGACACUGUUAUACUUGGACAUUUAGUUUAAUAUUAUUAUAAAUAGUUUUAAACCCUAAUGGAAUAUGUAAUAUGCAGGAUAUGUAAACUGUUUAUUAUUUAAAUAUAAAAGACAUUGUAUUAACUUCUACCUAAAUAGUUAUCAUAAUGUAAAAUAUAAAAUUA